AGAGAGAGAGCACAAGCGAGAGGGAGAGAAAGAAGGAAAGGUGGGGGCUCAGUGGAGAGGCAGACUGCAAGCAUAAGAGAAAGAAAGGGGAUAUUGAAAAGGGAAGGGAGGAGCAGAGAGAGAUAAUGAGAGAGGAAAAAGGAGAGAACAGAAAGCGACGGCCGUAAGAAGAGGCAGGGGACGACAACGCGUGUGGUGGGGGGAGGUGGACGUGUGUGUGUAUGCGUGUGUUUCAGUGCUCGCUGUGUCUGUGUGCCGCACAGACGGGGAAAAAUAAUAAAAAAGAUAACGCUUCACCGGAACGCUUGUGGCUGCUCUCCCGGCAAGGGAAUCUCAUGCUCCCCUCUGUCUGUGCCUCUUUCUGGACCUCUGGUACCGUACUGUUUUGGAAGUGGGUUCGGUGGAUGGCCCCAGAAGAGAAGGCCAGAUGGAAAUUGGGUCACAUGACUGCCUCCAGGAAGGCACGUUGAACCUGGAACUGACCAAUGGGGUGAGUUGCCUCUCAAAUGAUGGGGAGGUGUCCAUGGAAACAGAGCAACAGCAAGCAGGGACCAUGCCCCCUGCGCAGGGCAAGAUCAAGCAGGGCAAGAUCAGUGACCCUCAACAACAGCUGCCGUGCAUGAACAGCAAUGGUGGCACAGCUCCUGGUGAGCCUGUCCAUCAUGCAAACAUGGAGGAUGCCCACAAUCUAAUGGCAUUCUCUACCAGUACUGCCUCACUGCGUCCCUUCUCCCCUACCAUGCUCCACCAGGCGAAGCCCAACACAGCCCAGCUGUAUGAGAGGUUCACUCAGGAGAUGGACUCUGUGGGGGCUGAGACCAGGCCUUCUACAGGGACUCAUGAGAGAGGAUGCCAGCCCACAGAAGACCUCCGCACCCUACAGGCAGCGCUGAGUCAAGCCAAGCAUGGACACAAGCCCCCCAACUGUAACUGUGAUGGGCCUGACUGUCCAGACUAUCUGGAAUGGCUAGAAAAAAAGAUCAAGCUGGCAUCCAGUGAUGAUAAUGGGUUGUGUAAAAUGACUGACUCACCUCCACAUUCACAGCCUGGUCUACAGCAGCCCCACUCACAUCAUCAUCCCCAGUCCUCCGCCCAGGUGAAUGGGAGCCAUCACCCAUCUGCUCCAUAUCCCCAGCAACAACAGGGACCUCGAGGUGCAGACCCAGAACCAGUGCCCUUUUCCCCAGCCCCCAUCCCCUGCUCUCCCCAGGUUCUCUCCAUAGCCAAGGAAAAGAACAUUAGUCUGCAGACAGCCAUUGCCAUAGAGGCCUUGACCCAACUCUCUGGCACUGGUACCCAGGCUGUCGGCCCAGCCGCCUCCAGCAAUCAACUCCAUCAGCAUCACCAACAUGGUCAGAACCAGCCCCAGAAUGGCACUUGCCUGACCCCGUCCUCACCUGGUCUUCUCUCGUCUUCCUCACGCUCACAAUCCGUCCCCCCAGGACUACAUACCAGCCAGCAGGCCUCCAUAUCCUGGGAGCAGCACAGGCCCCAGUCCCAGGGCCAGCCACCCCACACCUCCCCUUUCCCAUCCUCUACCUCACCUUUCCCAGGUCAGGGAAAGCCCACAGGCAUCGGCCCCCAUCCCCAGCAAUGGAAGCAAGAUUCCUCUGAUGAGUCUGGCCAGAGGAAGCAGUGGAUUUCUCUGAACUCUGAGGGUCAGCCCCACUACUCUGCACUGCCCCACAGUAGCUCAGAUCCCAUGUCAGAGCUCAAACAGCUGCUUGGGGACAAGAGUGGGAAGUUUAAUAGUGCUCCCUUCAGGCUCCCAGUACCCCACCAAUACAGCUUGAAUGAGACUGGAGGUGUCCCGAUCCAGGCCCACACUCAGCCAGGUAUGGUCAGGAUAAAAAAAGAGCCAGACUCUGAUGAGUUCUACCACCAAUUUGCCCCCACGGGACAUUAUGGCAUGGUGAAUGGCCAGCAGCGGGGCCAGCACUAUCCCGACUCUCCCUUGUCUCCUGGCCAAGCCACCAUACGCCAUUCCACUCAGGCAGCUCUGCAACAGCACCUUCACUAUAAGAGGAACCUCUUCUCCAAUCACCCACCUGGCUAUGGAGCUGCAGGCCAACGGAUGCCUCAGGCUUGCCAAAACCUGAAGAAGUGGUGGCCACAGGGGAGGGCUGAAGGUCUGUCCUCUCUAUCCAUCAAACAGGAGCCCAAAGAACCCAAGAAGAAGAGAAGCAGUCAAAGCUCUCCUGCUAUCAAAGCAACAAGUGGGAUGCUAGCAGGCCCUCCCCUGCCCAAGCCCAAACAAAUAGUCAUCAAAAAGACCAAGCAGAAAACAUCAAUGCCAAUCUUCCUGCCUCAGACACAGAUCACCAUACAGAAACCAUCACCCCUCAUUCUGGACAGAUCCCCAGCCCCAGCCAGCCAGCACCCAGGUUCUCUCCCUUCUCUACCCCUCCUCAGUAAUUCCACUCAGGCUGCUGCUGCUGCAGGCCCCCCUGCCCAAGCCCAAUCUCAGGUAUCCAUUUCCAAUGCCUCAAUAACUCCCUUUUCCUCUGCUCCUGCCUUGUCAGAAAAUAUUCCAUCCUUCAUAGGUCCUCAUCCCCAGCUUGUGGGCCCUAUUGCCCAUGCUAGCUCGGCGGGAGAGGGCAGUCUGGCCCCCAGUGAUACCAGCAGCACCACACCUUUGACCUCCAAAUCUCCAUCCAUCACCUCACAGAUAACAGGCCUCACCAAUGUGGAUCCUAAAUAUGAAGAGCUGAUCCGCCAGUUUGAGGCAGAAUUUGGAGACUCAGUCCAAGAAACAGCUGCAAGCCAACCAACGGAACAGGCUUGGACACCCUCUCAGCUAGUGGUGGCUAGUGAGUCCCAGCCUUGUGCUAACUCAGGACCAGACAGGCCCUUGUCACCAGUCACUACCCAGUCUGCCCCCUUCAUUCUCUCUGCUCCACCCAGCUCUUCACCUCUUCCAUCUGACCAUAAGAUGGACAUUGACAAGGACAAAGAGUCAUGGAGCCAAAGAGGAGCCUUGAACCAGGCCCCAACUGAUAACCCCAUGGAGGAGCAGCAUGAGGCCAUGCCUCGGGCUGUGUAUCAGGUGGCCCCCUCGGACCAGCAGCAGCUCCAGCCCAGUGUGCUGCAGGAAUCUUUCAGCAUGCCAUGCUCACCGCUGCCCAAACGUAUGAAAAUUGAGGCUUCAGGGGGAGUAGCAGUAGUCUCCACUACGUGCUACUCUGAGGAGGACACACCAACCAAGGACAGUCUUCCCUGCUCUCCCUCACUUCGAGGAUUCCUGGAGUCACCUCUCCGCUAUCUAGACACUCCCACCAAGAGCUUGUUGGGCACCCCUGCCAAGGACCUGCAGGCAGAGUUCCCCACCUGUGACUGUGUUGAUCAAAUUGUAGAGAAGGAUGAAGGGCCCUAUUACAAUCACCUGGGAUCUGGACCUACUGUUGCCUCUAUAAGAGAACUGAUGGAGUCUAGGUAUGGAGAGAAGGGGGAUGCUAUACGUAUUGAAAAGGUGGUGUACACUGGCAAAGAGGGAAAGAGCUCUCGAGGAUGUCCUAUUGCUAAGUGGGUGAUCCGUCGCAACAGUGAGACAGAGAAACUGCUCUGUCUGGUGCGUCACCGGGCAGGUCACCACUGUGCCAACGCCGUCAUCAUCAUCCUCAUUUUGGCCUGGGAAGGCGUGCCAAAGGCCCUGGGUGAUAAGUUGUAUCGCGAGCUAUCCGACACUCUUACUAAGUAUGGCAACCCCACCAGCCGACGCUGUGGCCUCAAUGAUGAUCGUACGUGCGCAUGCCAGGGCAAGGACCCUGACACCUGCGGCGCUUCCUUCUCCUUUGGCUGUUCCUGGAGUAUGUACUUCAAUGGAUGCAAGUAUGCCCGCAGCAAGACACCUCGCAAGUUCCGGCUACAGGGAGACCGCCCCGAAGAGGAGGCUAAACUCAGGGAUAACUUACAGCAACUGGCAACCAGGGUGGCUCCCUUGUACAAGCAAAUGGCACCACAGGCUUACACUAACCAGUGUCAGACUGAGAUCACAGCUCCAGACUGUAGACUGGGGCUGAAGGAAGGCAGGCCAUUCUCUGGAGUCACUGCUUGCAUGGAUUUCUGUGCCCACGCCCACAAAGACCAGCACAACCUCUACAACGGCUGCACUGUGGUGUGCACUCUCACCAAGGAGGACAACCGUGUGAUGGGGCAAAUCCCUGAGGACGAGCAGCUCCAUGUGCUGCCUCUCUACAAGAUCUCCCUCACCGAUGAGUUUGGCAGUGAAGAGGGUCAACGCCUCAAGAUGCAGUCAGGGGGCAUCCAGGUGCUUCAGGCUUUCCGGCGAGAGGUGCGCAAGUUGCCUGAGCCAGCUAAGUCCUGCCGACAGCGCCGUCUGGAAGCCAAAAAGGCAGCCUCAGAGAAGAAGAAAACCAAACUACACCAGGCAGGAGAGACGCCAGAGAAAACAGUGGUUAAGGCUGAGGUCUGCGUCAGAGGCUCCCCACACCCUAAUAACAAUAAAGCAAUUGUAGAGCAAGAGUUGAAGCCCACCAUUAAGAAGGAGCCAGUCAACGGAUCCAUGGAUGGCUACCCUGCACCAGCAGGAGACCCUUACAAUGGUUAUCCCCACCCCGCCUGCUAUGCAAGGGGAGGCCUCCAUCCCAAUGGUCAACCCUCUGCACAAGGCCCAGUCAAUGGCUACCACCCCAAUGUUCCUGCACUUCCAUACGGCUACUACAGUUUUCCCCCUAACGCACUUUUCCCACCUCAGCUGAGGACUUAUGAGGGUAGAAAUAGCUCUUGGUCUAAAAUGGGCUGCAAGUCUCUUCAGGCUGACAAAAAGCCUGACCUGCAGAGCCUCCAAGUUAAACAAGCCCAGCCCUACCCCAGCCAUCUGAAGCAACAGCAGCCAGAGUUAGGCAAUCAAUGCUGUGCCUACACGUUGCAGCCAGAUUACAGCCAGUCCCGUUCCUCCUCUGUCUCCUCUGAGCACUCCAAUCGAGGCACCCCAGUCAUCAAACAGGAGCCAAUGGAUGUGCCAGGUUACGACCGCACAGUGCUGGGAAAGAGUGGGGCCAGCACCCCAAGCACCACUCCACAGCCUAGUGAUGGGCUGUGGCUGGGGCAAAGGCCUAAUGGCAGCAUUGCGCCAGCCAGUUGGGAUGAGCAUGUAAAGCCUGAACCAUCCCCUGCAGCCUCACCCUUUACCCCAGACAUGCAGCAGUUCCACCAGCAGCCUCCACAGCAGCCUUCUCCUCACCUACAACAGUGGACUUCCUACUCAAAUACCCCGAUAGUGUCCCCUGCCCCCUCCCCAUCACCCUCACUUAAGGUACCCCUUUCCCCAUCUCCUUCCCUGCACCCCAGCACUCCACAUCCUAGCACCCCACGCUCUGCCACCCUACAUCGAAACACUCCUCAUCUAGCUAUAACACAAUCCAGCAUUUCUCAUCCAGGCAGCUCCCAACCUGGCACUCCGUCCCCUGGUACCCCUAGUCACUGUGCCAGCCCUGCUCCCAAUCCCCAACCCAAUGCCUGGGCCAUGGGCCCUGCAGGGUACAUCCCUAGUUUUAAGCACAGCAACCCUGCUGGAGCCUACCCUGACAAGAUAUGGCCUAAAGCUGGGGAGAGUCGGUGCUCUACGCCACUGGGAAUCCAGGAGAAGGCCUGGAAGUCCUGUGGAGGUUCAGUGGCUGGCAGCACCCCAUCACCUACCCCUGAGGGCCGCCUCUUCCCUGACGCACUGCAGCAGUCAGACCAGAACUGCUGGGAUCCUGGCCGAGCCGAGGGCAGCAUAAAGAGUAUGAGGGGCCACGAUGACGAGGAUGAGGUGUGGUCUGACAGUGAGCACAAUUUCUUGGACCCCAACAUCGGUGGCGUUGCAGUGGCACCAGCGCACGGCUCCAUCCUGAUUGAGUGUGCACGGCGAGAGCUCCAUGCCACCACUCCACUCAAGAAACCAGACCGCUCCCACCCCACCCGCAUCUCCCUUGUCUUCUACCAGCACAAGAACCUCAGUCAACCCAUGCAUGGCCUUGCGGUAUGGGAGGCCAAGAUGAAGCUGCUGGCAGAGCGGGCCCUUCAGAGGCAGCAGGAGGCCGCUCUCCUCGGUCUCUCCCAGGAUGACAUCAAGGCCCUCGGGAAGAAACGCAAAUGGGGGUCUCUGGCAGCCGGGACCAGCCCAGGACCUGGACAGUCCAAGGACAAGAGGGAGGGACCAGUGACACGGCUGGCCCCAACGCUCCACUCCACCUCCACUGUCACUGUGUCCCCCUACGCCUUCACCCAACUCACUGGGCCCUAUAGCCACUUUGUCUGAAGUCUCCCGGUUACACACAGACUGGUGCAGUGGAGGGCUGAAGAGAAGGCUUGGAUCUCCAGCUUGCCCCUACGAUCCACUCAGUGGAGGGGGAGGUUUUUAUUGGUUUUUUUUACCUCAUGUCAGGCAGCAGUUUGGGCCUCCAGCCAACAGACACACUGCCUGUGGUGCUCUUCCUUUCUCUUCCCUUGAGAGGAACCCCAUUGCUUCAUCUUGUUUAUAGAAUUUUAAUGAUCCUAAUUAUUGCUAUUAUUAUCAAUAUAAUUAUGAUUGCUAUUGUUACUGUCAAUGUUGUUAUUACAAGUAUUGUUAUUAUUAUGAAGACAGUCUUUUGCUUCUGUUAUUGUUGUUUUCAUUAAUGUUAUUGAUGAUGUGAUUGUUUUGGUUAUAAAUAUAUAUUAUUUUUUAUUUUUUUAUUUUAUUUUAUUUUUUUUCUAAAUUGGGAGUCAAUCAGACUCAAACAAUUGCUUUUUCCAUGUUUGGAAAACCUGAACGCUAUUUUUCUUUUUCUUUUUUUUCAAUCAGUUGUGGUUAGAGGAGGCUGGAGCCAUUCUCUGCACCGAAUGACAACUCCAUUUUAAUGAUACACGACAAAGCCUCUCAGAUAGGCGUUCCAUAGAUAUCUAAUUUCAUGUUGUCUUUUUAAGCUGGAAUGUCCCUUUUCUUGAUAUGGAGAGCUAUGUUCGUCUCCUCCUAUGACCCUCCUGCUCUCCACUGGUGCUCCACACCCACCUCUGCCCCUUCUCCGGAAUAUAUUUUCAUUUUUCUAUUCCUCAUGGCACUUGAUGCUAUCAACGGGUGCUCCUGCCCAGAUCUGGGUCAAACAGCAUUUGCAGCAUCUGUUCUCUCCUAUGCUUCGAUUUAUUUCAUUAGGACACUUUGUAAAGUGUCAGGAAAGUUAUCACUCCUAGAAAAAAAAAGUCAACUUAAUUGGCUUUUAAAUACUUUCCUGUUCUCAUUGUAUUGUUCCAUGUGACAGAGUUCACCCCUCUGGUACUGGAGGCAGAUUACAUCAAGUGGUGAGUAUUUUUAAAUACUCUGCUACACAACACAACCCAGUUCUCCUACCACACAGUGAGUAGGAACUGGCAACCGUCAUCUUUCUAAGGUGUUUCAUAGGACCGAGUGCUUCCCACUGCAACCUCUUCAGGACAGCACUUGCCUCCAUCUCAAAAUGGUGCACGCAUAAACAUACAAGCACUUGAAUUCCAUUCACACUUUUCAACCAGCCUUGCCUUACUGCUUUAACCAUACAUGGCCACUAGAGGGCGAGCUAACCCCCAGUUUACUGACGAUGGCAAGUGUUUUUCUCAAAGCAUCUGGAGACCAAGUUGAUCAAUUUUUUUCUUUACGAUUGAAGGGAAAAACGACCAACUUGAAUCUGAACAUGUUUUGCAGCAUUCCAAGUCACGCUCGAGCAGCACAAAAUAAUAGUGUUCAAACUGCGGUGUUCUUGGUGCUUCUACAACACACACACACACACACACACACACACACACACACACACACACACACACACACACACACACACACACACACACACUGGUGCUCUCUCUAAACACUUGACUUGCAGUAAAAAGGGCCCGGCCCUCCUCUGUGGUGCUGUCAUGAACAGAGCGAGGUGUGUCCUCAAGACAGGGCCAGUCAAAACACAUUGACAACCUAGGGCUUUAGUGACCUCACUGCGGCAACUGCAGCUAUAAUUGUUUAAGCAGUCGGUGCAGGCAGUCGUUUUCUUUUAAUCACUGUACAGGGCUUUGCCGAGAGAGCUCCCCUCCCACAUCCCCUUCGUCCCAGCAGGUGAUGAAUGGAUUGCGGUGCUGCUGUCAGUUGCUUGAGGGAGGCAUCAAGCAUUGACAUUCAAAGACAGUGGGUCUCUCAUUGUGUGCAUGUAUGACUGUGUGGGUGUAAGAGGGAAAGGGAGAGAGUGAAGGACAAACAGACAUCUCGAAGAAGCCAGUCACGUGAAUUGCCUCUUUUCUCUUAUACUUAUUUGUGAACCUUGCGACCACUUGAAUAAGAAUACCAGCGAAAAAGGAAAACGGGCACUUUGUGGGGCUGGAUCUAGGGUGAUUACUUCCUUUUUGGGGUAGCCAACAGGUGGUUGUUUGGGUCGAGUCCCUGGUCAUCUGUGGAAGACCCUGGUGCUUUUUCAGAGGGGGUCUGGAGCUCUCUACCUCAAGCUGUAGAGACACUGGUCACAAUCACAACUCAUCACUGUGGGCAGAGGAUUGUACACUCGCCCCCUUCGUAUGCGCUCAAACUCCACAUUCAUUUUACUUUUUUUUUUUUUUUUGGUUUGGUAUUUUUUACUCUUAUUUAUUACCUGAUGAUGAUAAUGAUGAUUGUUGUUGCUGUUAUUGUUUCUGUGUCAUUUUUUUGAUAUAGUUAAUACAAAUUGUACAUAGAGAAGAAAAGAUUUUAUAAAAGCACUUUUAAUCUUGAAUUUAAUGACAAAAAGAAAGAGCCGAUUAUUGACAACUUGAAGCUUAGGGUUUGUUUGUUUUUUUUUCUUUGUUUUGUUUUGAUAUUUUGAAUUUUCUCGAGCAAGAGAGAGAUAAAAAUGUAAAUAUUGAAAUAUUUAGGUAAGAUUAUUUAACUGGUGCGGGAAAUUAUGACUAGAUCAUGAAUGAUUGUGCGUGGGGGGGGUAUUUCGAAGUUCAGUCUUCUGUCAGCCCCUAACAACAGUAAACAACACUUAGUCCCAAUGUGUUGUGUGUAAACGUGUACUUAGUAACACUGUUAUUUUGCUUUAAUAAGUACUGUACCCCGUCAGCAAAUACCUCUGAUAUUAACCUGUCCCCCGCUCAAACAAUCCAGAACCCCCCAUCGCUCUACCUGGAGCCUCUCUAGAAAUGCCCACCGAUAACUGCAAUCGUCCAUGAAGAAAAGGUCUGCGAGCGUCAUCAAUGGUGCUAUUGUUUUAAGUAAUCAAGGUUUUUUUUUUUAUUUUCUUACAAACAACCUGAUUUUUAGGAUUUGGAAAAUAGUCUUUUCGCUUCCCUUGUUCAAAUUUUAAAGUAACACGGUGGAGGUAUCCGGGCCCCAAGGGAAACUCAAUCAUUAUAUCAAAGACGUACACUUCGAAAAUGUAAAUUUAAAGAAAAGUACCAAAGUUGCAGUUGUGUGGGUUUCUUUUUGGCGGCAGUCCGCUUUUAAUAAGCUAUGGACAAAUCCAAAAGCUAUCCAUUAAUUGUGUGAUGUAUGCUAGUGUAAAUCAGUACAGCUGAUCUUGACAACUUGGCCGACUAUUGAUCAUGGAUAAAGACCACAUCCAAUGAGGAUCUUUCAAAAACGUGUUGUUGGGUACAGAAUCUGUCUGAGGUGUGUUGGUGGGCAUAGUUUAGUGAAGAAUAAUAGCCCAGCAGUCUUUAUCGAUUGUGCUAGACUAUCAGUAAGAGAUUGCUCCCCUAUUUGUUUAAAUGUGUCUUUUAUCAACGAUAGAUGUAACAGUGGUAAGGAUGUACUUUGAAAGCAAAAAUCAUGACACCCGAUACCACAUAGUUAGAGUGUAAUGAUCAUUUGUUGUUUGACGCAGACAUUGUAGCCUGGCAAUACUUUGGCUGGUGUAAAGGUCUGAAAUUGGUGGAUGACAAUUCCAUGGUCUAGUUCCUUGGCUUGUUGGACAGUCACAGAUCCAGUGUGAGCCCCUUUUUAUAAAACCUAAUGCAUGGUGUACAUCCCACACGCAGUAUAUAUGAUCUACGUAAGGAUGGGGUGCUGAACGCAUAACUGUACAUGAUUUUGUUGUUAUCUUUGUGAAGUUUUACAUAAGUGUGAAGCGAGUUAGGUGGAUGCUUCUCAUCAGAGAUGUCCAUCUCCCGAGCACGCACUGAAAAGGGGGGUUUGGGUAAGCAGGUGCUAUGAUGCUACACCUUGAUGAGGACAAUAUGAGAGAGAGGUGAUUACUGAUCAUAUUUUUCUGAGCUUUUAGAAUGUUAAGAUGACUUUACUUUGGAUCGAAGCGGUUUCACUGGAAGCUGCCCUGGUGCUGUCCUCAUACAAAGUCUUCAUUCACAAGUAGACUGUAAAACCCAUAAACACACUUAUAUUUCACUCACACAGUUGAACACAUUCUCUUUCUAUGUGGUACUUGAAAUGGCAUUUUGCUCUCAUUUCAACAGGGAUGAGUUAAAAGUCCUACAGUAAGACGUUUAUCUGGGUUGAAUAUGUGGUACAGUGUAUGUACCAAAGGCAGUUAAAGAUUCUCUGUUGCGUAUGUUAUACAUUGUCAUUUUAAGAGAAUGCCAACAUAUUAGAAAAGUACAAGAAUACCAGUUGCGUUCUCAACACCGGUUCUUCUCCCGAGUUGUGCACUUCUUUUCACAAUCCUUCCACACUUUGUAUAUUUGGUCCCUCACUUACACAUGCAUUUUGGUGAGACAUACAUAUCUCACUGAUAUAUGCCCCACUUUCAGACUGAGUUCUAAUUGAACACUUUACUUACAUGUCCCUUUUCCUAAACUGGGAUAGAAACUUAGAGCCUAGCCCUACAAAAUGAAAACAUGCAGACACAACUGGCAGCUACAUUCCUUUUUUCAUUUUAGGCUUGUUCCUGUUUUUUUUUUUUCAAUGUCAGAUAUGCAGUAUGUAAAAAGUGUUUUUGUUCAGUCUCUCUCUUUGUAGCUGUAUGGUGUAUUAUGUGAAUACAUAGUGUAUGUGGUAAAAACCCACAAUAUUGUUUUAUGUUGCGAGAUAAUAAAAUAAAAACAUGGCAGUUACAACCUUGGUGUAUAUAUUUAU